GCAAAUUCAAGCAUUAACUAAAAUGUUGGCUUUGCCCGACUUCCAAAAUAUUUAACUGAGCCACUGACAUAAAGCAGUUUACUGCUCUGAUUUUUCUUUAUUGCUGAUUUCUGUUUAGAGGCAGUGCGCUCUAUAUCUCACUAAUCAGUAUGAAGCUGCUAUGCAUUACCAUCUUUACCAUUCAGCUGUUAUACGUUGAUGCAGAAUCAGAACCUAUAUCUGAACGUGUGAUCAAUGUACCUCCUCCACAAUAUCCCAUUGAUUGUAAUAAUCCAGAAGUUCUAAUCGCUGUGGAUUUCACGCUUCGUAAAUUCAAUGCUGAGCAGAAAAGUGGCCAUCAAUAUGCUCUCGACAAAGUCCUACAAGCUGAAGCACGGAGAUUACAUGGAAUACGCUAUUUUAUCAAUUUUUCAAUUCAUGAAACUGAUUGCCCUGUUGGCAGCGAUAAAAUCUGGAAAGAGUGCAACUACAAAACACAUGGAAUAGCUACUAUAGGUCACUGUGAAUCAAAUGUGUACAUCCAUAAAGACAACGGAAUAAUGGAUGUGACUGAAUUCAAUUGCACCCAAUAUUCAGAUCUUCACACACCAAUUGUACCGCAACAUGCACUGUGCGUUGGAUGUCCAAUCGAUCUGCCAACUAACCACUCCCGUUUAAAUGAAACAAUUGCACUUGCUAUUGCACAGUAUAACACUGAGAACAACUAUACAAAUUACUUUCGGCAUGCCGAGGUUUUCAAGUUCACUAGUCAGGUGGUGGCUGGAAUUGUUUAUGGAUUGGAAUUCUCAAUUAAGGAAACUGAAUGCAGCAAGGAGGAUUUCAUUGAUAUUCCUCCCGAUUGUGAUGCAAAGGCUGAUGGUGUAAAACUAUACUGCAAUUCCAAGGUGUAUAUCAAGCCUUGGGUGAAUUAUACACAGGUAACUGUGAACUGUUACGACGACCCACCUCAGAUUGCAUUUGCAGCACCUCGAUAUGUAGGUUGGGGGCCACUCAGCCUCUUUCUUAGACAUCCCGGUCAAACAAGGCCUGGUGGACAAGACACCCAUUCAGAGGAGAUGACCUCUGCUGAAAGAGCUCUUGCAGGCAGUCUGGAAUCCCCAAUGUGCCCAGGAAAACCAUGGACAGCCUUGCGACGGAUUAAACCUACACUUGCCCCUGCUGAAGAACACCAUGAAAACAAAGACCCUACACAGACAACAAUCAGUGACCUUGAUUUACUGGACUUUGACUCAUAAAUCUCUUACUGCUGGAUAUGAAUUAAUACAAAAGUAAUAAGCAUUGCAAUAAAGUGGUUUUGUUGUAAA